AUGAGUGGGUAUCGAGGAAAUCGACGUCAUAACUUUGGAAAAUCCGGCGGAGGAAGACGCUUCAAAGAGAACGAAAAUGGCGCCAUCGACGAGAAUAAUCCGAUCAUCCAGAGCUUUCGCGAAUACGCGGGGAUACUAGACGCCAAGCACGAUCGGUAUGAACGAAUUGUGAAAAUCAAUCGCGAUAUCACUAUCGAGUCGAAGCGCAUCAUCUUUUUGCUACACACUAUUGAUCCAAGAAAAAAUAAUCAGCAAGCCGUUUGCGAUGAAGCUAAAAGCAGGAUUGAGAACAUCUUUAACAACCAUUUCGUUGCCAUAGCGAAAGAACUUCACGGCCAUGAUCCUUAUCAAUAUUCCCGAGCAUACACCAAUGGUAUGCAAGAGUUCAUUGAAGCCUAUAGUUUUUACGAAUAUUCUUGUGGACAAGAUAUUUCGCAUUGCGAUUCCAUCCAACAAAAGCUCACUUAUAAAAUACCCAAGGAUAAACCUAACAAAGAAGAGUAUAUAGACGAAACGAAGAAUGUUGAGACAUCUUCCGAGACCAACGUGAAAGAGGAUGCGGUUGUUGAAAGUACGUGUGACGAACUGUGCUGUUUCCUUCAUCCACAAGAUUUCAUACUAGGCUUGGGUGAUCUUAGUGGCGAAGUAAUGCGAAAGUGCAUAAAUUCCCUUGGAUCAGGAAAUUCCGAUAGUUGUUUUGCUCAUUGCCGCUUCAUGCAAGAAAUGUACAAAGGAUUUCUCAGUGUAACAUCAGCUCGGAGUCGAGAUUUUUCGCACAAGAUGAUUACAUUGCGGCAAAGCUUGCUGAAAAGUGAAAAUGUGUGCUACAAUGUAACUGUACGUGGAGGUGAAGCGGCAAAAUGGGGCACAACCGAUGAAGGCUCCACAGCAGUGUUUCAAUUUCAACCACCAAAAGAUGACGACGACGAGGGCGUGUUUUUCUGA